GUGUUCACUCCGGAGCUCUCCAGUAGUAUUUCUUUUAUUGGGCUUAACAUUUAUGGACAGUGUUUUUGAAUUAAAACAAAAGGUUUACAAGAUUCAUCAGUGACUGUUGAGCAACUCCAGAAACAAUGAAUAAAAUGAUCUGGCAAUCUUUCGCAAUUUCUUGUGUGGUUCUGAUUUGCACUGCCGAGGCCCGUCAAGUGCCCAACUGGGUAAGUGCGGCCCUCAACAGAUUCAAGCGGCAAGAUGCGGCAGUGGAUUUGCAUAAUUCCGAGUUCUGCGUGGAUGUCUCCACUUAUGGAGAGGUGAUCUUUGAGCCGCAGAAUCGAAACAAGUGCGACUCUGAAUUUGUCAAAAAGUGCGAAACCAAAUCCGAACGGGUUUGUGACGAGGUGACCGAGAUCCAAUGUGAAAUUGUUCCCUACACCGAAUGUCAGAUGACCAUGGAGGCCACACCUUACAAGAGCUACGAAAUGGUGCCCAAGACAUACACCAAGAAGGUGUGUUCUGAAGGCAUGGACACGGUCCAACACACCAAGAUGAUGCCCGAAUGUCGGAAUGUGACCAAACAGAACUGCAUCACCAAAUGGGAAACCGACGAGGAGGGCAAUCAAGUUUGGGCCGGAAAUGAGGCCUGUGAGCCGGUUACGUGGAGGGAAUGCAAAUUGGUCCCUCGCCAAGUGGACUUCAAGGUGCCCAAAAUUAAUUGCGAGGAUGCUGAAGAAAUCCCCUACACGGAUUGCGAGGAUGCCGAGAAGUCUCAAAUGACCACCAAGAUGGUAUGCGAAGUCAAGCACACGAGCAGCUGCAAACCCGUGCCCUCGACCAAGUGUCAAACCAUCGAGUUCCAAGAGUGCUCCGAGGAGGCUGUCGAGACUUGUGAAGACCAGGAGAUUAUGGUCCCGAGUCAGGAGAAGGAACACAAGAAGAAGUGCUUGCUCCCUGAUGAUGGGAUUAAUGGUGUCGGUCCCGCUCCACGACAGGCCAAAGUAUUGAAAAAUGUCGAAGCCCGUGGGAAGCAAAAGGUUCAAUUGCAACAGCUCCCCCUCCAACAACGGGUUGACGAACCAACGGCUAUCGAUCAGGGAUCGCCCCAAGUAUUGCCCCUGGAUCGUUUGGCGUCGGCGGCUUCUACGACAAGACAAUCCCGCGCUUUCUCGUCAAGGUUGGGACGUCCAGCUCAACAAACGCGAUUUAUCCCGCAACAAAUCGUGGACAAAAGAAGGAUUCAAGGGCAGUUUAUCAAUUAGACGAGGUUCUCAUCUUGUAUAAGCCCCCCUCAUGUGCAGUCCUACAGUAUAGCCACCUACCUAUCAGUCAACAGCAUCAUUAUCAUAAUAAUCCCCGCCUCCCUAGUCGAGCAAUUUUUAGUUUGCUUCCUUUCGUUUCAAAGUGUAUACACCAAGUCCUUGUUCUGUUUUCAAACAAUAUUUAUUGAAAAACAAUAUCAUUUAUGAUGAACAAAUCAACCAGAAUAUAUUGUUCCAAACAAAC